GGCUGAUUGAUAGGCAAUUAGUAAAAGUGGAUGCUGCCGUUUUUGUUGCAACUGUGGAGAGCAACAACUGUUUGUGCAUAAAUAACCCGAAGCAACAACCGCCGGACCAAAGUGUCAUUAACCUAAUUGCCGCAAAGGAAGCCACCAUACCUUCCACCCAAAAAAAGGAAGCAAACAUCCACGGCCAUAAAUACGACGCUCCAAAGAAACAACGUGCAACGUGUUGCAAUAAAAACAAAUUUACAUAAAACAGCUAAGCCGGCAACCUAGUUCUCCGGCGGACCAGCAGCAACUACGGGCCAUAAUAAAAAUCUGAAGGAGUUGUGCCCCUCGAAGGCACUUUAAGUUUCUUGUAUUGCGUCGACGCGACGCUGCCCUUAGCGAUUCCUUUGACCACAACAAACCCAACACGCAAGGUGAGCCAGGUGGGCCAGGCUAAGGAGAACGCCUUAAGAGAAAGUUGACGUGACUUCGCGAAACACAUCAGUACAGAAACAGCAAAGCCAACACCAUCGCCAAGGAGAAUGUCCAACGAAGAGAACGACGAGUACAUGGGCAGCUUGGGCCAGGCCCAGACCGCCGAGGAUGAUGUAAAUGAGGAAGGCGGAGGCGGUGGGGGGGCUGUUGGCAAUAACGAGUCCGGACUGGGCGGCCAAACAAUGCCACAAAUUAGUCCGAACGCACCGCUCGAGGGAAACGUUUCGCCGACACCGACGCAGACCCACUUCGAAGAUAAUCCACAUCACAGUGGCAUCAACGGUGGCACCAGCAACAAGCAAGGCGGCAACAUCAACGGAAACGGGAACGGCCACGGCAACGGCAACGGAACGGAGCCAAACAGUAACCGCAACAGUCCGGUGAAGAGCCCCAAGCGACCAAUCUCGUCCAGCUUUCGGAUUCAGAACACGCCCUAUGAUGAGGACGAGGACUUAGCAGCCGGCGAUCAGGUGGCGGUGGCAGGUGAGGCAAUCGCCGGUCGCCAGGUGCCGGAUUAUUGGCAGCAGCGCAACGGAACGGCUGCCAGUGGAACAGGUGGGGCCGCCAGUGGCCGACAGAGUAGGGCCAUCAGUCCCAGCUAUUUGGACAACAUGAGCGAGAACUCCGAACAGCCGCCGGUGGUGCCGCUGGUGCGCUCCAAAUCUCGUCCGGAAAUCUCGAGUGCAGCCGCCUCCCGUUACUCGAAUCUGUCCUACUGGAAGGCACGCCGUGUGGUCUUCUACCGGAACGGGGAUCCCUUCUUUCCGGGCGUCGAGCUACGUUAUCGCCCCGGACGGGAUGUCACCUCGCUGGACAACCUGCUGGACAAAAUAUCACCGAAAAUGGAUCUGCCCCGAGGUGCCCGCUACGUGUUCUCCAUGGACGGUGACCGGAAGUAUCAUCUGGACGAACUGGAGGAUGGUGCCUUCUAUGUGGUCUCCUCGUUCAAGGCCUUCAAGCCGGCCAGCUACGGUAAGAAGAACGGGAUGUGGUAUGCAUCGCCUGGAAAUCAGGGCUGGGGCUCCAAGCCCGCCAGUCGGAAGCCCUCAAUAAUGGAAGCGGAUUUGGGCACAUUAUCGACCACAUCAGGCUCGAUAAAACGCAGCGCCGGCCGUGUGAUACGCAUCAUCAAUAAUUUGGAUCACUCGGUGCAGUGUCGCGUUUUGUUGAACCUACGCACCUCGCAGCCGUUCGAGGAAGUGCUCGAGGAUUUGGGUCAAGUGCUGAAAAUUAACGGAGCAAAGAAAAUGUACACAGGCACUGGCCAGGAGGUUCGCAGUUUCUCGCAGUUGAGAAACGAGUUCGCCGACGUGGACACCUUCUACUUGGCCACGGGAACGGCCCUCAUCGCCGGCUCGCCCAUCCGGCGCUCUCGCUCCCGCCCCUCUGUGGUGGCCGCCGCACCCAUACUGCCCACGGACGAGCUGCCCAAGGUGCCGUUGCGCGGCGCCCGGCCCAGGAGCAAGAGCCGGCCAAGGAUACUGUACGCGCCGGAGAGCGAGAUCCUGCGACCGAACGGAGAGUACACCAUGCUCGAUAUUAUGAAAGAAGAGCCCACCAAAGUCACCAUCCGGGGGCUGAGGCGCACCUUCUAUCCGCCCGUACACCAUGCCCCGGCGGACAACUCCCCGCCGGACAAAAAACUGCAGCUUCAAUGGGUCCAUGGAUACCGCGGCAUUGAUGCCCGGCGUAAUCUCUGGGUUCUGCCCUCGGGAGAGCUGCUCUACUAUGUGGCCGCCGUGGCUGUGCUUUUCGAUCGGGAUGAAGAUGCCCAGAGGCACUACACAGGACACACCGAGGAUAUUAUGUGCAUGGACGUUCAUCCCUCUAGGGAGCUGGUGGCCUCGGGACAGAAGGCUGGACGAGAUCGCAAAUCGCAGGCACACGUUCGCAUCUGGAGCACCGAGUCCCUGCAGACCCUUUACGUUUUCGGGAUGGGUGAGCUGGACAGCGGGGUGACCGCCGUGGCCUUCUCGCAAUUGAAUGGCGGCAGCUACAUCCUGGCCGUGGACAGUGGCCGUGAAAGUAUCCUGUCCGUAUGGCAAUGGCAGUGGGGUCACCUGCUGGGCAAAGUGGCCACCCUGCAGGAGGGAUUGUCGGGGGCGGCGUUCCACCCGCUGGACGACAACCUCAUCAUCACCCAUGGUCGUGGGCACCUGGCCUUCUGGCACCGGCGCAAGGAUGGCUUCUUCGAGCGCACAGACAUCGUUAAGCAACCGUCGCGGUCCCAUGUCACCAGCGUGCAGUUCGAGCCGGACGGAGAUGUAAUAACGGCGGACUCGGAUGGCUUCAUUACCAUCUAUUCGGUGGACUCCGACGGGGCCUAUUUCGUCCGCACGGAGUUCGAGGCCCACAACAAGGGCAUCGGGUGCCUCAUCAUGCUGGGCGAGGGCACCCUGCUCUCGGGCGGAGAGAAGGAUCGCAAGAUUGCAGCCUGGGACUCCCUGCAGAACUACAAGAAGAUAGCCGAUACUAAGCUCCCCGAAGCCGCUGGCGGCGUGAGGACCAUCUACCCGCAGCGUCCGGGUCGCAAUGACGGCAACAUCUAUGUGGGCACCACGCGAAACAACAUCCUGGAGGGCUCCCUGCAGCGCCGCUUCACCCAGGUGGUCUUUGGCCACGGGCGACAGCUCUGGGGCUUGGCCGCCCAUCCGGAUGACGAGCUGUACGCCACAGCCGGGCACGACAAGCACGUGGCCCUCUGGCGGAAGAACAAACUGAUCUGGACCAUCCAGACGGGCUACGAGUGCGUGGCCCUGGCAUUCCAUCCCUUUGGCACUCUGGCUGCUGGCAGCACCGAGGGCCACCUGCUUGUCAUCAACUGCGAGAACGGAGCGGUCAUGUUGACGCUGCGCGUCUGCGGAUCGCCCAUUAACUGUGUGGCCUACAACCAGGUUGGCGAUAUGAUCGCCAUGGGCUCGCAGAAUGGCAGCAUUUAUCUCUUUCGGGUUUCGCGGGAUGGCUUCUCCUACAAGAAGGUCAACAAAAUCCGCGGCUCCCAGCCGCUGACCCAUCUGGACUGGAGCAUGGACGGCAACUUUGUCCAAACGGUGACCAUUGAUUUUGAUCUGCUCUUCUGGGACGCCAAGUCGCUGUCCCCGGAACGCAGUCCGAUUGCCAUGAAGGAUGUCAAGUGGCUGACCAACAACUGCACCGUGGGCUUCCUGGUGGCGGGUCAGUGGAGCAAUCGCUACUACAGCGGCACCAACACCAUCGUGGCAACCUGCAGUCGUUCCGCGGGUCAUGAUAUGCUGGCCUCCGGGGAUGCCGAGGGAUACUUGAGAUUAUUCAGAUACCCCUGUAUCUCACCCCGCGCCGAGUUCCACGAAUCAAAGGUGUACUCCGGAAUGUUAGCCUGCGUCCGGUUCCUGUGCGGCGAUCACACGCUAAUCACCGUGGGCGGCACAGACGCUUCCCUGAUGGUGUGGGACAUUGUCGAGGAAUAGCUGAAAUGGCCACCGUGGCACCGCAACGCCGCCCAGUACGAGGCAGGCUACUCGGACUACUGGCACCGUCGCGCCUCCAGGGUCUCAUCGACGAUCCUCGACAGCGAUUCGGUGGACUAUCAGUGAUAGCCGAGCGACCUGAGACUCCGACUGGGCAGUGACCUGCUUGCUAGACUCAGACGAACAACAAUUGGCCAGCGUUCAGUUUUUGGUUUUGUUAGAUGAACGAAAUAUUGAUAUUAGAUAAUUGCACCGAAUACGAAGGAAAUUCAACAUUUUUGAGACGUUUUUUGAGAAAUGAGGAAAACCCGCACCAGCAAAUCAAGCACACUAGCAAUCGAAUCCAAUCCAAAAAGUCGGCUUCCACUCCGAAAUUCAAUCUUCCGUUCCGGUCUUGCCAUUUGUAUUUCAUAGAUAUAACCUAUUUGUUCGAACUAACUCUCAAUGCCACUGGUGGAUCUAUAACUACUCAACAACUCUAUAUACAAGCAGCCUAUGCAGACAGCGUAGAAAUACUUCAUCUUCCAGAAUGCUGUCAGCAAUCUUCCCGAACAAGCCCAGUAACUCUGACAGAGAGCAGAUGACAAACAGACAUACUUACAUCUCACGCAGAAUCACGAACACGAAAUAACGAAACCCAAGUGCACUUCCAACAUACAUAUAUACUUAUAUAUCGAAUGUGUAUUGUUAUAGCAAAUUUUAUUAUAAGCGUUGAAAUAAAUAAACAGUUUGAAACAGAA